AUGCAAAUUUCGACAAAUUGCAAACCUGUUCAACUGGCCACCGGUCUCCGAAACUACCUGGACCUUUCCUUCGCCUAUCGAGCAUUGUCUGAAAUUUGUGCGGAAGAAGGAUUACCAUUGAAGUGGAGGGUGCUCUUAUCUGAUGGUGUUACCAAUAGCCGAACAAUUACUUUGAAUAAUUCGUUUCAAGGUGAUAGGAAAGAAGCGUUGGAGUAUGCAUCGCUUUUCCGACAGACAGCGCAGCAGAGCGGCAGCCAUUCACAGAUCCAACUUUCAUUGCAUGUUACUGGAUGGGUAUACGAGAAAUUGAACAUGCAGCAGUCACACAAUACAGCUGAUCUCGAGGAGGAACGGCUGUGUUCAGGCCUUUGUGCGAAUCUGCAACGUAAAAGUGAAGCCGAAAAAUAUUGGAAUUCUGCAUAUUCGUACGCGAAAAGAACUCACGACGCAGAUUUGGAGUAUCAACUUUUACUUGCUCGAAUAGAUUUUUCUUGGGAAUCGCCGGUUAAUAAUGCUCAAAGGCUUGUUAAUUUUGCUCCUACAAAAAAGAAAGGUUAUGCUCUAAUGGAGCUGGCUCAG